AAAAUAUCAUGGGCUGACAAGGGAGUACAGCUAAGCCCAAAAGAGGUAACAAAUUGAAUAGGCCGCCGAAUAGAAGACGUGCUGGUGGAGGCAAACGCUCUUGGGUGAGCAAACCCAAGGCUAAUGAAAAUCCAGGUAAUCAUGGAGGAACAGGAUAUGCCGAAGAUCACUAUGGAGGAGGAAAUUCUGGAGGCGGCCAUUCUAGAGGAAGGCAUGAUGGUGGUGAUACGAAUGGCAAACUUGUUUAUAAUAAUGGUGGAGGCUGCGGUGGGGUGAUUAACCACCCUCUUACUUCCUCACUAUCUUACUUUGAAUCUCAAAUGCUCAUUAGUUUCUUUGUUAUCAAGGAUAUGUACAUGAUUCACCUCCUUUUGCCGCACUCACCUUUAAAGGAACACCUUUACCAAUUCAUGGCUAUCCUGUAAACUGAAACUGAUGUUUUUGUCGAUUCAAUAAAUUAAA